AUGUCUAAAAACGAAAAUAGCCCCAGCGAUUCUAAUUGGAAUAUACACAUACCAUAUCAUGCAAUAGAGACCACUUCAAAUGAGAAAAGGAUUGAAAUAUUUAAAGAAGAAAACUUAUUGAAUGUUUGCGAUUGGGUGGUCACUGAAAAAAUCCACGGAAGCAACUUCUCCUUUCAAACCAAUGGAAAACAAGUAAGAUGUGCUAGUAGAUCAAAACCACUUGAAGAAACAGAAGAAUUCUUUGGAUUUCAAACGGUAUUAAAGAAAUACAGAGAAAACUUGUUGUCUUUAUGGGAAAUCAUGAAUUCAAGAGGGCUCAUUCAAGAAUCGAACCAAACCAAUGCGGUUCAGGAAGAAAAGGUAAUCAUAGUCUAUGGUGAGCUGUUUGGCGGAAAAUAUUCUCAUCCGGACGUGAAGCCGGUACCUAAUGCGGUGAUUGUUCAGUUUGGAAUUGAGUACUGUCCGCAAAAUGAAUUUAUGGCCUUUGACAUUUUUGAUGGAAAAGAUUAUUUGGAGUAUGACACAAUGAUUGAGAUGCUGGAAGAAUCGAGAUUACCUUACCUCAAACCUUUGUUUCGAGGUACUUUCGAUGAAGCCUAUAAUUAUAAUCCCGAGUUCACUACCACCGUUCCUACAAUUUUAGGUCUACCUCCUUUGCCAUUCCAAAACAAAGCUGAAGGUGUAAUCCUGAAACCCACGAAAACACUCCGAGUAAAAGCUAAAAUCCGUCAAACACGUGUCGUGCUCAAAAUCAAAACUUCCGAUUUUACAGAACGUGUGCGAUCGAGCAAACGUCAACAUAAAAAAGACCAAAAAAAGGUGUUUCCACAUGGACCGCUCGACGAAUUGUCUGAGGAAUUUAAGUGCUUUGUCAAUUUCAAUAGAUUUGCUAACGUCAUUUCAAAGCAUGGUCCGAUUGUUAAGAGGAAGGACGAAGGCAAUGAUAUUGUUCAAUAUAUUGAAGAGGAAAAGUUGCAGGAAGUUGCCGA